GAUUCUGCAUUUUUUCGUGCAACCGUUCUCGCGCCUGGCAGCAUUCAUCGCACACAACUUCUGACAUCCCAUCACUACAUUGUUAAACUGCUUGGUUGACUUUCUCAUCUAGAUCGAUUCAUGUAUAUCGCAUGAGUGUAGAUACAAAGUUAAUUCUAAGUCUGAUAAAUCGGGUCGCUGUCCGGCUUCCAAGCAACAGCGGACGGCGGCUCGAGAGUCUGGAAGCCGAUCCACUUAUGCAGCAAACUGUCGCUGCCUUAAUCGAGCUUUCCAAGUUUAGACUUUCGACCAUUGCCAACCAAUUGGUUUCUGUAUUAGAAAACGUUUCCAAGUCAUCUUCUCUAUCUAUUGACGAUUAUGUCCCAUACGAUGUUCUUCAAUCCCAGCUUUUCUUGUUACGAAUGCUUUCAGCCUGUAUGCAGCAUCAUUGGAAAUCUUGCCGAGAGAGCGCAUCUGAGUUGGAAGAUCCCGACGACCUCGGAUUGGACAACGAUGCGAGAUCUUUGUCCAGUAACGAGGACAAUGGUAGUGAAAACGGACAAGAUCAAUCAGACGGCCUUCCACCCGUGCUAGAGGAUCCUCCAGCGUUAGACGAACCUCUUGCAAAAUAUAUUGUUAAUGUAUUGAUGCGCUUCAUUCACCAAAUGGCGUCCAUCGAUGACAAAGCCUUCGCACACUAUUCCAACAAUACGCCAGGCAUUGCACGAUCUGAGCAACACUAUUUUCCAUCCAAUACCAACAGCUCGACAGGUAUCAUUAUCGAUAUCUAUAAGGCUGCUUGCAGGGUCAUCUUCUACACCAGUGCCAGUAACUGGAAUGUGGUAUUUGCCAAAGUAAAGGCGAGAAUCAUGUAUCUUACCACCACCUCUGAAGAGUACCCUGAAACAGCUGAUCUACGUCUCUUGGAAUGCUCAGCAUUGGACUCGAAGCGACUUACCAUGGUAUUGACUACUCUGUGUUCAUCUUUUUUGCAUAUGAAGAAAAAUGCUCAGCUCGCGAUAGCCGUGUCACUCAGAAGAGCCAUUUGGGGCUGGAUAGAGACUUACCCCGCGGAGUUUGUACAGCUGUGUCAAUCUCAAAGGCGCCUUGAAGGCAGCCCAGAGAUUCUAUUUGAUAUUUGUAAUUCUUUAGCCGAUACGUCCAAGAGGAAGGCUAUUCUCUGGCCACUUCAAACUAUGUUGCUUAUUCUAUGCCCUGAUGUAUUGAUGGCAGCUACCAUGUCUGAAGGCCGUGGAGUUCAAUCCAAAAAGUCUAUCUUCCUUGACACACUUCGAAAGACCUUACGAGGAAGUCGUUCCUCAGACCUAGCCUCCAUAUGUUACGUUGAUAUUUUCAAAGCAUCAACGUACGUCUCCAAAAGUGAUACCUCGGCCUUGCGGCACAUGGUGCCAGAAGUUGAAAAUGAGCUCAAGGAGAAGUUGUUCGACAUUAAUCGCCAUCUCAGCUCCGACAACUCCAUUAGUAAUCUCGGUAUAUACAUUGAUCAACGGGCUUUAAUGUCAGACUGCUUGACAGCGUUGUUCCGUCUGAAUCCUAGAAAUACCGUCCGCACUCUAGUUCCCAUUUGUCUCGAUGACCGAGCUCCCCUCAUCUUCAAACUCAGUCUCCUCAAAGCUUGCUUGACCAUUGCUUCCGAGGAGAACUGGUUAUUAUGGAAUCCCUCCAUCUCUAUUGUCUAUACUUCCCUCGCCGCUCCUCUCCGAAAACUAUUUCUGGAGUUGGUCAAAGCCGAGUAUGCGAAGAGUGAAACGAGUUUGUUCACAAACAGUAGUCGCAAACUCAACCUCGGAUCCAACGACAAAAAUAAGAGGAAGGAACUUCAAUUGGAAAAUGACCAAAAAUAUGAACUACUGCUAGAUUUGCUUAGACUAUAUCGCGUGAAUCCAAUGCUGGCCAUCAUGGGUGAAGAAGAGGAUCGUUUUGAGCAAAAUUGUUCAUUAAUGCUAGGUAUCACAAAUUGUCUUCGGGACCGUAAUCACAUCAUUCGCAUGGCUGCUGCCGAUUGUUUGUUCAAGCUCCACACUCCUGGUUACAUUGUCCGCUGGAACCAAUCCGGCGCUAUGAUGGAGACAUUUUGGAAAAUCUCAUCUGUGGUUGUGCUUGAUCUAUCAAAGCAAAUUCUGGACAACCGCGAAAGGGAUGAUAGUCUUAAGAGUUUGCUGGAUCUUCUGCGAAGACUUCUUGCCACUCGCAACGAUUUCAUUCGAGCUCAUCAAGACAUCGCCUUGAAUGGCGCUGAUAUUCGUGAGCGCUUACAAGCUUCUGUUGCUCUCGAAAUUGCUCUUCUUGUUCUUCUGUGCUCCGCCGAUACAGAAAUUUGCUCUGGUGCCAUCACCUGCUUUGGUUAUCUAUGCGCCGAAGCUGAUCUCACAGACUGUCAGGAUAGUCCCGUUCAGAGCCCACUGACCAUUGUCGAAAAUUUACCCGUUUAUGUCGAGCUUUCUACUGCCGGUGGUGUGGUUACGGGUCGUAAAGCACAGCAGAAGCGAAUAAGAAAACUCCUUCGCAUGAUCGCUAAUUAUACACCGGGUAAUCUGGCUGCAUGGGAAGAAGCCUGGAAGCGUUGGAAGAUACUUACUCAGAUCAUGACCAAGCCCGUGGAAGAGUCUCGAGAAGAAGUUCUUGAUCAAGGCAAAAAAGUUGGUUCCAUCUUUCAUGACAAGCUGAAUAGAAGCGUGGCCAAACAGACAUCAACUGUUUUCACUCGCAUUGAAAUUGACGAAGAGAGAUCAUUGGAAUGGCAGAAUUACACUGGAUUUUUGGCUGCUUUGGGCGGCUGCUGCUUGAUGUCGGAAGCUUUAUCAUCUCCAUCGCCUACAAAGGGCAAAAGCCGCGCAGCAUCCAUCAACUCUGAUCAAUAUCGCCGAUCAACAGCUCCCGGUGAAUCUGCCGGUAUGGUGGAUAAGUUCAUCAUGGAAAUGGUCGACUUAUUGGUCUCAGACAAUGUUCUUGUGCGUGAAGUGGUCAAGGAAACCCUUGGUGCGGAUCUGUCCCCUGGUUUGUUUGUGAUCCUUUUCCGUCAUUUGGAAAGUGUUCUCUCCCGUUGCUUUGAUGCUACUGGUGAAGCCAUCUGCAGUGAGCGAUAUACCCUUUUCGUGGAACAAGCCAUCUCUGUUCUCAAAUUGGUCUUGGAUCGUAUCGUUGAUCCAAGUGACAGUCUUUUCACUGUGGAUUUCAGUGGACUGAUCAAUCAAUACGCUAUGUACCUGAAUAAGUUGGGUACAAACCAUGUUGCUCUGCGAAUUAAGGUGAAGAUGUGCCAGCUUUGCGAGGUUUUAAUGAGCAAGAAGGAUCAUAUCACCCUGCGACAAGAAAUCAAGCUUCGUAACAAGUUACUUGAGAUCAUUGUUGAAUGGACUAGUGAUUUCUCCUUGAAACCUGACACUCAGUCGACGUUCUCAUCGGUGGAAACAUCCCAAAACGAAAAACUUCAUAGAGACUUGGAUCAAGCUUGUCUAAAGACCAUUGUUGCUCUCUUGCACCAGCUACCUUUGCAACCACCUGAUCCAGUCCACGAAUCCGACCUUGGUCAAGUGAAGAGCAGAUUGUUCUACAAAUAUUUCACCUUCUUCUUAAAGCUCUUGAAUCGUUGCAGGAUAUCAGAGAUUGAAACCAGUCAACAGAGUCAUCGCAACACACAAGAUUUAAGCCUGAACAGAACUAAAGGCGCUGCUGCCAAGGAUCUGGGCUCUUUGAAAGACUACACCAUCCUCGCCAUGUCAAACUUGCUCAGCGCGAAUGUGGAUGCUGGACUGAAGUAUUCGCUGUCAAUGGGGUACCACGAGGAUACUCGUACAAGAACUGCUUUCAUGCAAGUCUUGACCAACAUUCUCAAUCAAGGAACAGAAUUCGAAACCUUGGCUGAGACUGCCUUGACUGACCGAUAUGAGAAGCUUGUUGAUAUGAUUGUGGAUUCCGACUUGACAAUUGCUCUAUCUCUUUGCGACGUCUGUCCUAUGUCUGAUCUCGAUGAAGUUGCUCAUAUUCUGUUGACCUGCUUCGAAUCGCGCCAAAGGAUAUUGCCGCUCUUGAAGGCAGUCAUUGAGAGAGAGGUUGCAAAUACAGAGAGCGAAACGGAACUGUUCAGACGAACAAGUAUGGCGACCAGGUUACUGUCGGCGUAUGCAAAGACCUAUGGUUCCGAAUACAUGAAGACCACUUUGCAUAAAGCAAUGGAGACUAUGGUCAAUAAACCAGCCGAAGCAAAGACUUUUGAGUUGGACCCAUCCAAAGUAGAAAGCGGAGAAGACAUUGCCAGAAACAAGCAGAAUGUCAUCGACACCACCGACUUGUUCCUGAAUGCGAUCUGUGCUUCGACAAAUGACGCUCCAAGAUCAUUUCGUGAGAUUUGUCACUAUAUCUUGAGCUCAGUUCGUGAACGUUUCCCGGAGGCAAAGUACACGGCGGUUGGAGGAUUUAUCUUCUUGCGUUUCUUUUGUCCCGCCAUUGUAUCACCGGAGGCUGAAGGAUUGUUCAAGUUACCUCAACCACAAACUCGGGAUAUUCGUCGUGGUCAACUAAUUGUGACAAAAGUCAUUCAGAAUUUGGCCAAUAACAUUCUGUUUGGUGCCAAGGAGACAUACAUGAUUAUAUUGAACGACUUCUUGACCAGCAACAUUUACAAAGUCACUAAUUUCUUGCGUGAGAUGUCCAACCUUCCACCAGUGGCUUCCCCCGUUCAUAGUGAAGAUUCCAGUACUCAGAUGGAGGAAAAAGAUUAUGCCAAAUUACAUCGCUAUCUUUUUGAUAACUUGGAGCGCAUGACCCGUGAUUUAGCGGCACGAAAACCUCUUAACCAAGAUGUGGAUUCUACUCAGGGCUGGAAGAAGUCAUUUGACAAAUUCUCAACGUUGCUCGCACAACUGGGACGACCUCCAGAAAUACCUCAAAGCGAAACUAGUGUUGCUCGAACAUAUACACAUGGAGCAUCCAAUCAGCUUUACACUGAGUUUAUGCGAAGAAAUGGUCACCGUAAUAUUGAUCCUGUCAGCUCCAAGCAUAUAUUCUUUGAAGGAGGUGUCUCUAAAGCAGGACGACCGGUGUUUUAUUUCAUUACUCGCAAUGUCAGCGCCGACAGCAUCGAUUUUGAGUUAUUAAUUUACCAUGUCCUUCAGGUCAUGGAACGAUCUCUUCACAAACCUAUCGAACUGCUCUUUGAUGUCACUCAGUUUGGUCCGUCGAACGAGAUUCCAAACCAGUGGCUCAAUCAACUCCUCCAACUCUUACCACCAGAUGUCCACGAAAACAUUUCAACUAUCUACAUAUAUAAUGCUAACUCGCAUCUUCGAAAAUACACAAAGAAAUUGCCCCGACCUGUCACCUACAAAAUUGGCAAGCGAAUUGUUUUUGCUGUCACUCUUGCUGAAUUGCAUGAGCACAUUGCUCCUUCCGAGGUUCGACUACCCAAGUCUACUGUCGCUCUCGAAACCGAUCCUAGCGCGGUCUUCUUCCCCGUCAGCAAACUAUCACACUAUAGAACUGUGAUAGCUGUCACUAUUAAGGUUGGAUUGGAAUACAUUCAGAUCAUGACAGUCCGUAAGCAAGAACUGUUCUAUGGACUUAAUGCUGUGACAAACGAUGUAUAUCAUAUCUCUUCCAUCGAUGAUAUUACACUGGUUCCGCAGAAGAGGCAUGGUGAAGACCCCAAUGAGUUUAUCAUCAAGUAUGAUAAGGGCAAGUCGUCCAUGACUCUAUCAACUGCCAAGCGGGAUGCCAUCGUCAGCGUUUUGCGACAUAACAAACAGCGAUAUGAAAUUUCUAAGCCCGCCAACAUCUCUGAACGCAUCAUUCGCCCCAAUGAUGUACCUGGUCGCCUGCUCAACAUGGCACUGCUUAAUAUUGGAAGUGAAGACCCUAAUUUGCGAUUGGCUGCCUAUAAUUUGCUUUAUGCGCUCAGUCUCACGUUCCGCUUCGACGUUGGGAACCAAUUGUUAGACGCAAAAGAUCUCUGUAUUCCAGCCAACAGUACCGGCUUCAUCAUUGCUAUCAGUGAAAAGCUAGCUGUCACUGAACCUUCCUUAACGCUCGAGUUUUUGAAUGAAUGCUUUGUUGGCUUUAACAAAUCAAGUGAGCCACUGCGCCACUUGUGCCUGGACUACAUGGCACCUUGGCUUCCAAAUCUCUCCAUCUUUGCCCGUAACUCCCCAGAAGAUGGCAAACAAACUUUGACCAAGACGAAAGAAGUCAUUCGACUGCUCAUUGACUUGACUGUCACUAGAAACGAUAUGUACAAUAUCGUUCAAGCCAAAAUUUGGAAAACGCUUGGCAAAGUGGAUGACUUGAUUAACCUAGUCCUUGACGCAUUUGUUCACUUCUCGGUUGAGCAUGGUGUUGGGUCCGCUCAAACAGAAGCCAUGGCAGAUACGUUUGUGACGUUAUCCAAUGUAGCAGUUCGAGGCAAAGUCAUUGCACGACUUCGCAAAGUUCUCCAGAGAACGUCUCUCAAACCUAGCCGAAUUCUUACGGAACACCCCGCCUGGACUGAAAUUGCCGUGUUGAUUCGAUUCAUCCUAAUGCUUUCUUUCAAUAUUCAAGGCCCAGUCAAGCCAUAUAUUCCAGAGAUCUUUCACAUUGUCUCUAUGCUGGCUGCCACCGGCCCUACGUUGAUUCGCACAUCUGUUCAUGGACUUGUUGUCAAUGUGAUUCAAACUGCCUGUACCACUAUUCCGCUACCCGAAGGAAGCCUGAAGAAGAUGCAAUUCUUGUUGACCGACAUCUCGGAUAGCAAGCACAGAUUGCUGUUCGGUUUGACUAAACCCCAUGCCAAUGCAUUUACUAUCACUCAAGAAACCAUGACCGAUGUUGCCGACUCGAUGCCCCUUGCCUCGCUUGAAGCUGUUGUUCACACUCUGCUCGAGGCUUUGACAUUUGGUGCACCAUCCAUGGAUGUUGCCAAUAUGUGGCGUGCAAGAUGGAUGAGUCUUGUCACCAGUAGCGCUUUUCAGUUCAACCCUGCUAUUCAGCCUAGAGCAUUUGUCGUGCUGGGUUGCUUGGCGCAAGAAGAAGUAGAUGACGACUUGUUGUACCAGAUUUUGGUAGCGUUACGUGGUGCCUUGGCCAUUUUCAACGAAUCGGAUUCCAACUUGAUCACUAGUAUCAUGAUGUGCCUCAAGAACAUUGUUGAGAGUCUUCCAGCUGAUUCUCGCUACCUCCAGCAACUGUUUUGGUUAGCCAUGGCGCUUGUACAAAUUAAUCACCCAGCAACGUUUGCUACAGCAGUUGAUCUGCUGCAAGCUGCCCUUCGUGCGUUGGAUGCCAAUGGAUUUUUCAAUGAUGAACCUGUCAUCGAUGUUCUUAUGGCAGCUAGGGAACCUCUUGUCGGUGUUGCAAGACUUUUGGAUGAGGCAAGUGGGGUUAACUUCGAAACCCACUUUUCAUUCGCUGUCGCUGGUAUUCUUAUGAAGGGCAUGAAGCACUCCAAUCCGAAAAAUACGGUAUUCCAAGGUUUGACGACUUUCUUAGACAUCGAAUGUAAACAUACGAUGGAACAAAAUAUUGUUGAAUCCAAGACACUGGGCUAUUUGGCAGGACUAUUACCCAUUGCAGCCAAGAACUUGGCGCUCAAGGAACUGUUGCGUUUAGCCGGUAUCAAUGAUGUGGAAAUUGAGAAUUCGGAAGUCGGUACUACCUACUUCCGCAUAUUUGACAAGUUAGACAUCCCGAACAACACCACCGCCCUAUUACUGGUCUCGUUGCUGGUCACCAUGCUGAACUCGGCUGAUAACGAAACCGAACGCUUAUUCCUGUAUGGUAUUCUCGCUGAGGCUGCGGUGGCUAUUCCCGAGGUGUUUGCAUUGAUAUACGAUACCUUGCUUCCCAGAAUGAAUCAGAUUGUCGUCAGCAGCCAGACUCAUCCCAUUAUAGACUCAGUCAAGUCGAUUUUGUACACUGCUUGUUCUGAGCCAGUGUUCAAUCAAGCAAAGUCUCAGAACCGAAGUCAAAAAGCUUAUCUUGAAGAGCUAGGAUUCUCUGCCUUGGGUGACCCAGUGUUUGGAGCGGCCAAAACAAACGUUGCCAAGAAUGCCAAACUUGCAAGUGAACUUGUUGAAUUAAUUAUUGCUUAGAGUACCCCCCAAGGACUUUUUCGAAAGUAGUGAAUAUAUAUAUUUUCUUUUAAAGCAAGAUAUGUAUUUCACUAGAGCCACCCACCGUUUUCUUCUUUAAAAAAAGAAAACCCAAAAAAAAAACCAGAAAACAACUUGUCUUAUGUUUUAUCCCCCUAUUGUUGUAAUUGUAAUUCAUUUUCUUCGUUAUGCUGUUUAUGCAUCUCUCUCCCGUUCUAUGUUGCCUAUGAUGUUCACGUAAAAUCUUUGCUUUCAUAUUAAAAAUUAAAUUAAAAAAAAGGAAGAGACAGCAUUA